AAGGAAUAAACGCCAAGCCGGGCCAAGCAACGGCAUUGGAGCAGGUGAGCACCCGAGUAGGUUCUGUCAUUGAGCAGACUGCCGUGAUAGCUUGCCAGAGCUGGCCGUGCAUGCAUGCAGGUGGACGCAGCUUGAAGAAACGUGCGCCCCGAUCGAGCCGGAGAACGCCGUAGCCACCGCAGACUCGCAGCCACAACAGCGACCAGGCUCAGACUUGUACUUCGCGCACCAGAAUUUGUGAACCAAAGCUCCUGGAACACGACCCUUGGAUUGUACACCUCAUAUAGUACCUGGCUCAGCAUGAAUCGCAUCUUUGGAUCCUCGUCAAGCAAGAAACCUAAGCCGAACCUUCAAGAUGCCAUUUCAUCCACAGACACACGUAUGGCUUCGGUUGAAGUCAAGAUCAAGAAACUCGAUGGAGAGCUUGCACGGUACAAGGAGCAGAUGAGCAAGCUGCGGAACGGCCCCGGAAAGAAUGCAAUCCAAGAGCGUGCCCUUCGUACUCUGAAGCAGAAGCGGAUGUACGAGUCACAGUUGGCGCAACUCACCCAGCAGACAUUCAACAUGGAGUCUGCUGCACUCGCUACAGAGAACUUGCGCAACACAAUGGCGACAGUUGACGCUAUGAAGCAAGCGAACAAGGAAAUGAAGAAGCAGUACGGAAAGAUCGACAUCGACAAGAUCGAGAACAUACACUACGAGAUGGAGGAUCUAUUGGAGCAAGCCAACGAGAUCCAAGAGUCGCUUGGACGCUCAUACGCGGUACCCGACGAGAUAGACGAAGCCGACCUGCAAGCAGAGCUCGACGCCCUGGAGCUGGACGUCGAAGAAGAAGGUCCAUCGUACCUGGCAGAUCUCAAUAAGACCCCAGACUUCAUAGAUGAGCCGCCUGUAGAGCUGUCUGAGGCGGAACACAAAGAGGCAGUGAAGACAACGGCAUAGUGAUCAUC